CUCAAUUGAGGUAACGUCCUCGUUUGCUUCCUUAUGCACAAUUGCACAUCCUGAGCGGAGCGAAUGAUCGACGCGACUCAUGACGGUGGCCCUGAGAGGUUUCCCCAUACUUAGAUUAAAAGAGGCGAAGGGAUGAUGUUGGGGAGCAUCAGAAUUGCCAGGCGUCUCAGAGGGCCGGAAGGUGACAGAAGCCGACGGUUUCGACUCUCGAGUCAUCAUUACGCUGGUCUGGGCGAUUGGAGGCAAAAAGCUAGGAAGAUUACGGGAGAACGGAGGCAGCGGAGUGGGGUGGUUUUUUCUUGCACCGGAAGCUGGUGGAGUGCGAAGUUCGUGGAGAUCCACAUGUUAAUGCUCGACGGUACGGGUACAGUGCGGUACCUGAAUUGCCUGGUUGAUGACAGUCUGAAGACUUACAGAGCACGACAGAGUUGCCAAAGCCACCAGAGACGACGAGGUGUAAAGCCAUCGCACGGAUUGAUGAAUUGGGUCGGAAUGCUAUACUAAUUGGGGACAGAUUUCCAGACGCUAGAUGCCGCUGAGCAGGGGACGGAAAUUGCCAUGUUGCAACAUCCAGCAAGACCU